AGUUUUGAUGUUGCAACUAGGUAGAGAAGAGCAAUCAUUUCUGAUCAAAGCAAAACAAACCCGAUCGAAAAACGUUUUGUUUUGAUGAAGUUAUGAGACUUUUACUGAAAGCACCACCAUAUGGACCAGGUUCACGGUUGAUUUUUCUUGUUUAUGAAGCACAUUUCUAAGCCUAUAACUUUCUUACUAGAUGAGCUAACAGGGUCAAUCAAAAGUCACCUUGUAGAGCGCUUUUUACUGCAUCGUUUUUUCAUAGAGACAAAUUUAUAACCACUUGUUUCACUAUAGAAAAAUUUAUUAUUCAAAUCGGGUCAGGACUUCUGGGCACUCUUUAUAUUGCUAGUACAUCAAACAUAUAUGAACAAAUUAUUGAUAACUAUAAAAUAAUUUUAUAGUUAUCAAUAAUUUUUUCUUAUAUAAAUAAUUUUACAAGAACCAGUAUCACUUUAAAUUAGAUUGUUAUCGACUGAAUUUAGUUUAAUAGUUAAAUCUUGCUACAUAUUCUUUUUUUUAAACUUUAUACUUUAGGAUAACUUUGGAUACAAUUGACAUGGUCAGAUUUUAUGAACGAUGUUUAUGCUUUUUUUUUGUAGAUGAUAGCGAAAGAGUACAAACCAAAUUAUAAACGCUUGAGUGUGACUGAAUUACUAAUGUUGCGCGACAAGCAUUUAAAAAUGUUGAAUAACAAGUAAUGAAAAACAAUUGUGUCUAUAAACACUUUAUAAAUUCUAUAUUUGAUUUUUUCUUCAGAUAUAUCAUAGAGAAACUGCCCGAUAAAGGUGAAAAAAUACGGAAUUCAAUUAAUGAAAUUGACCAAUAUUUAGCAGAUCCACCGUUGUCAUCACCAAUGGAUACGACAACAACAGUUCUAAAUCAAUUUCAAAAUUUGAAUAUUUCAUUAGUAAAUGAUGAGAGAGAAAUGCAAAAUGAGAGAAUAUUAAAUGAUUUAUCUGUAAAAUUAUCUCAAGAAUUUCGAAAUAAUACUCAAAAAUCUGAUAACACGAAACAUUCCGGUUCAAAUGAACUUAAGAAAGAGUCAGUCAAGUAUUCAGACGAACAUUUAGAACAAGUUAAACAAUGUGUCAAAGCAAAAUUAGCGAAUCAAAUAGACGAGAGAAACAAUAUAAAAACAAAAUUAAUUAGUUUAGAAGAAUUGAUAAGGAUUAAAAAUGAACAAGAUAAACAAGCUGAAGUAAAUAGGCAACGAUUGAUAAUCACUAUUAUCCUUGUCAAAACUCGAGAUCAACAUAACCUUUUUGAAUAA